AUGCUUCAUGUUCUCGCCCUCUUACCUCUCCUGAGCCCGCUCGCCAUGCUCGCGUCAGCCCGCGACCAACCCGGCGACAGCAGGCGCAUCACCCUGACGGACGGAGGGCUCCAUCCCGGCGCCGACAAGUACGUCGAGUUCAUCAAAGACGGACUCAAGCAUACAGCGCACGAGCUGGUGUACGAGUACGGUUUCAAGCAGGAUGACCUCGGGCUCGGAUGGUAUUUCACCUUGAUCACGACCAAGAACCUCCAGACCGGUGCCGUCGACUCCGGGCCGUUUGAGCCGGACAAGUCAGGCCCGGAUUUCAAGGUAGUGUCAUGCGUCAGACUGGGGAUUGAAGGAUGCCAACAUGAACAGCAGUCCGGUGCCGCACUGACGGGAGACCCAGAAUGCACGAAGCGUAUAUGUGAUGUGUUGACGGGGUGCGAGAAGGGGAAGUACAAAGGAUGGCGCAUGAAAGGGCAGUUGAGAUUCUGCUGCAGAUUGUGCACCGAGUUGUACCUCGCCUCCCUGCCCUCCUUUCCGCCCGACCGAAGGGGGCAACAAGAUACGCAAGAGCCCAUACGUGCCACAUCCCAGCUGCAACAGGUUUCGACCUGUCUCCAUUGCAAUUGGCCUCCAACUCGACCAAAGACGGGUAUCGUAGCUCUAGACGCAGAGCUUCAAGCUAUCGGUACCGCGCAUACAUACAUCUCUGACUUACAACGCAUUAGCGCUAGUACAGUAGUCGUCAAUAGAUACAGCACAGGCUCAAGACAAUCUCUGCUAGUGUCUGUCACUGCAACCAGCACGAUGCCCUCCCUAGCCCAAUACUCCCUGAUCCUCCCUCUCCUCGCCAUGCUAGCCAUGCCAGCCACCGCGACCCCCGCGCAAGUCAUCAUCAUCCCCCGCGACCCCAAAGCCAAAAGUCUCGCCGAGAUCCAUAUCGGCGGCGUGAACAUUGACGAGACCGUCCACAAGCUCGUUUUUGAGGUGGACGACAAAGACCCCAAAGGGCCUUUUCGGUUGGUUUAUUGGCAAAACUUGCUUAAUGGUCAUGAAGGAGCAAGUGAGACGUGGGAGGGCGGGGCUGGCGCUUUUGGGUGCCACCUCGAGCGCAACACCGACCCCUUUACAGGCCACACAUUCCGCCUUCAAGCCAAGAGCGCUACCUAUCAGAAUGAGUGCGGGUGGUACGGUGGAGUCAGGUUAGUCUGUACCGGCAAAAAAUCGACCUGUUCGGAAGAUUGGGGCGAGGGUAGACGGCCCGGAUCCAGCUGA